AUGAUGCUCCUUCGCAAGACUCGGCCCAUUAGCUCCGCGCGCGCUUGGCUUGCGCAUUCACGCGUACGCUUGGCACACCCCACCGCUUCCUCUGCAUACUCUUCCGCAUCCGCCUGCACCGGCCGUGAUGUCCCGCCAACGGCGCCGUACGAUGUGCUCUUCUGCGGCACGGACGCCUUCGCUUCCGCAUCACUCGCAGCGCUCAUCUCGCACCGCGAGCUGUGUUCGUCGCUUCACGUCCUGACACCCGCUGAUGUUGGGCAAAAGUGGGGCGCACGCCGCAUGCGCGUAUCUCCCGUCAAGCAGCUGGCGCUCGAGCACUCGCUGCCCCACCAGCAAGUGCCCUCCGCCGAGGACGGCGGUAUGGAUGCCUAUACGCUCCCUGCCGAGCUGCCGCUAUCUAGCUCAUCGAUCCUGCUUACCUGUUCGUUCGGCCACUUGAUACCCGAUGCGCUGCUCGACGCAUUCCCACAGCCGUGGCAGAGGAUCAACAUCCAUCCGUCGCUGCUGCCGCAGCUGCGAGGUGCAGCGCCGAUUCAGUGGGCCCUUGCGCGGCGGCUCACGCGCUCGGGCGUAUCGAUCCAGACGCUCGAAAAGGGCAAGUUCGAUACGGGGCGCAUCAUCGCCCAGACGCACUUCGACUUCCCACCCCUCAGGGACGCGGGGUUCUUGGAGGUGCAGGAUGCGAUGGCCGAAAGAGCCGCAAGACUGCUCGUGCAGACGCUGUCGGAUCUCCCGACCCACUGGAAACACAGCUGGCAGCAGGAUGAGGCGCAAAAGUCGCUCGCGCCCAAACUCCAAUCCACCCACAGCGUCGUCCGGUGGUCCAGGAUGCAGGCGGCGGACAUUGUCGCCCGAAACAACGCCUUUUCAUACCUCUAUCCGUUGAGUACGACGCUGCAUCCGGCCGCGGAGGGUACAUCGUUCCGCCCUGUUGAGGUGACGCUUUCGGACGUUGCCGCAAUUGCACAGGCAGAUCUCGAGACCAUCGACCCCACAGCUGCACGGGCGAUGCACGAUUCAGCCACUUUGCCAGGGUGCGCGCUCGUCUCGCCAGCACUGUCGGCGCUGGUGGUGAAAACAACACCCUCGAAUCCGCCACACCACCUGCUCGUACGCACGCUCAAGACAGCAGGAAAAAAGUCCAAACCCGCACAAGAGUGGUAUGCCGCCUACCACGAUCGUGCACACCCCACCACACGCAUGCUCACCUUCACCUAG